AUGUCUUCUCGGAACCGGAACUCGCGUGGGCCGAACCGGAACAGCGGCAGCACCCAAGGUGAAGAGGCCGCCAUCUGGUCAAACAUCAAAGAGGAGUUGCGCACCAUGAUUGAAGGAGUCAACAAUAGCAACGAUGAACUCAGAGGAAUUCUAGCCCAGGAGAAGUACAUUUCGAAAUCCAAGUCAUCCAAAGACAGCAGUUCCAUUGAUAUCGGCGCUGAAGAGGCCAAGCUGGAUGCCCUGCUCCGCAGUGGCGUUAAGGGCGCCGACGUGUCGAAGCAGCAGAUUGAUUCUCUCAUCGAAACCGUCACCAUUCUGCGGGCCUUAGUGAAGGCUAAGGAGGACGCCGAGUCCCAGUCUGCCGGGACGUCGAGCUUAGGGGGCAGGGAACGACCCAGCGGAUUGCUUUCUAGUGGGGCCAGAUCAAGCUCUGCGAGAGGUUUGGGCCAAAGAGAAAAGGAAAGGGAGCGUGAAAAGGAGAGGGAACGUGAGAGAGAGAGGGAGAAGGACCGCGACAAAGAUCCAGGAUCUGUCUAUGAAUUUGAUGGAGCUGGAGACUCGCCGGUUCCGUCUCCGGCUGGCAACCAUACCCGGAAGCUGGGUGGGAGCGUUGGAGGGAGCGACAGGUCUGCCAACCGGGAUAGUGUUCCCCCACGAGGAGAUCGUGACACGCCAGGCAAGGCGGAUAGCGUUCCCCCUGAUGGCGGCUUGGGAACUGGAACGGCGCUGCAGCGAGCACGCAAUGUGUUUCUACGAGGACAGGAUGUGGUGUUCAAGCCCAAACCAACCACCAGUGCGGACAGCACCGAGUGGAUGUUGGGAAAGGUGCAGCAAGUUCUAGGCGAGGGCAAGUCACGACGAUACAAGGUGCAGGAUGCUGAUCCGGACCUCCCACCAGACCAGAGGGUUGAAUAUCGCACUAGUGCCAGCAGUAUGAUCCCCCUCCCCCCACCUGGGGCUGAUCUUCCCGAGCUGGAGAAGGGAAAGACAGUGUUGGCGCUCUAUCCAGAUAGCACCAUGUUUUACAAGGCUGAGGUCAUGGGCGCGGAAGCGUCGACUGGAAAAGUAAGCUUGAGAUUUGAGGGCGAGGAGAACAGCGUGACGUUGCAACUGGUGGACCGCCGAUUUGUGGUGGAUUUUCGAAACUGA